UGCAUAAAAAAAUAAAACCAAACUGAUACUAAACCAUGUUCUCAAUUGCUCAUCCCUCUAUCUCUUAUUUAUGGGCUCUUUUUUUUUUUUUGUUUUUUUUUUUUUUCCUUCCCUUAUUGCUCGUAUGUGAUCUGGAAUCUUCCUGCCAAUGAAAGGAUAAACAUUAGAUCAGCUGACAAGUUUGCAAGACAAACAAUUUUCUAAUGAAUAUAUUUUGUAUAUUUGCUUUUUUGUUGUUGAUAUAAUUGUAAAAUUGUGUUAGGACUGUUUUUGGAUAUGUAUUCUUUCUUUUACUUCUCAUCUUUAUACAUUUUCUUGUUUUGCCUCAUAUGUGAUGUUGAAGAUUCUAUAGUUUGUUAAAUGUCAUAUGAAGCUCAACAAUAAAAUGAAGAUAAAAAAUUAAAGAAAUAAUGAGUUUAAUGAUCAUUUUCAUGGUUUUGUAAAGAUGAAAAGAAAUUAUUUUACCUGUCUGUGUUCUUCGUUUUAAAAAGAAUUUCCUGCAAUGAGAGAAGAAAAUGAAGCUAAAGAAAUGAAAAGAAGAAAAAAUGUAGAUAAGAAUAAGUCAGAAAAAAGAGGAAAGGAAAAUGAAAGAAAGAUGAGAGAAUAUGAGUAUUGAAGGAUAAAUAUAAAGUCUGUUUGAAUUUUGAAAUUGAGAAUUUGGCUCCAUUGAUUGGAUUCCGUGUCAAUCAAAAUCUGGCUUAUAGUUGGCAUGUAAUGGAACUGACUUUUUGAAGAGCAAAAUAAAUCAAACUAUAAGCUUUUUAUAGUUAAAUGACAUCAUAGUAGUUAAGUGAGGUCAUUUAGUUAGAAAAAGUAAUUUUAAGACAAAAUUUACCCUUAAAAGUGAUAUGUGGCAGCCAAUCAUUGAUGGGCAAAAAUAAGUUUUCCACAACAUCUUCCCUUCUUAUAUUAAGAGAGAUAUCUUAACCCGAUUCAUUUAUGAAAGGUUUUCAAGGUUCGGUCAGAUGUAAUACAGUGCCGCCGCAAGCUUAAACAACCAGAUCUGCAGAAUCAGUCUUCUUUCCCAGAUUUCUCCUCCUUCUUUCAUCAUUUUUCUUUCAUUUCUUCUCAUUCUUCUUUCAUUUCGACCUCAGAUCCAGCUGUUCUGACUUUUGAUAUUACGAUUUUGACCCUGAAAAGUGGUUUUAAGUAAAAAUCGGCCGCCUUGACCCGCUUUUGGUCCGCCCCGCUCCACCGGAUAACGGCCGCGAAACCCGGUUUUGUUCCGCUUUUGCCUAACGCGCGACUCGGUCGCGUUCUGACGCGCUAGGCUGUUUUCAGCCGCUCCGCGCCGCGAUUGCGCCGCGUUAGCCCGCUAUUGACAACAGAGUCCCUCUCCCCUUCAAUUUUUGAAUCUUCCCCCGUCUGAUGUGCUGGUUUGAUUUCUGAUUUUAGGGUUUUUAUUUUGAGACCGGUUUUCUUCCCCUUUUUGCAGUAGCUUCAGCUCUCUACACUCACUUCAUACUUCAACCAACAAUAUACUUUGUUACCUCAAACAGUGCCAAUGUAUUCACGUGGUCGCGAUUUUUUGUUCUGUCACUUGUGUGGGACAAUGCUCACAGUUCCCUCAACUGAUUAUGCACUGUGCCCCUUGUGCAAAACCAAGUGUAACAUAAAAGAUAUUAAAGGAAAGGAAAUAAGUUACACAAUUUCUGCUGAGGAUAUCAGAAGAGAACUUGGAAUUGAUUUAAUUGAAGAACAGAAGGUGCAAUUGUCUAAGGUCAACAAAACAUGUGAAAAAUGUGGUCAUGGCGAAGCUGCCUUUUAUACCAGACAGAUGAGAUCGGCGGAUGAAGGGCAAACUACUUUCUACACAUGCACCCGGUGUGGUCAUCAGUUUCAGGAGAAUUAAGUUUGAACCGUGUAUGAACAGAUUGUCUACACUCUUUACUUUCUUUUUUGUCCCCUUGGCUGAAAUAUGCUCCCAUUUUCUACAUUAAUUUGGAGAGAGCUUUGUCUGUGCAAGUAGAAGUUUUGAUCCUAUGUAGCUUGUGCAAUGCCUGAAAAUUUAUACUGAAAUCAAACAUAGAAAAGUUGUUAUUUUGGUGUUAAAUAUUAAGUACCUUGUGGCAGUUGGCUCUUUGUUAGUGUGCUAAUUUAUCUACAACUCUGCGUGUUGAUGACUUGAUGUUACUAAUACUACUUGGUACUUGGUCCCUUUUUUUGGUGAAUAGUACUUGGUUCCUUUAAUCA